AUGAUGGCAACAAGGACUUUGCUGUCUAAACAAACACUGGCUGUGCUUUCUCGCCAGCCUGCCUGCUUUGUUCACCACGGUGACUAUGGCAACUGGGGAAACACCAAUAUUGCAGUGGUUUUCUCAGGCUGUGGCUGGUGGGAUGGGACUGAUGUCCAUGAGGGUGUAUACACCAUGUACCACCUGAGCCGCAACGGUGCUCGCUUCCAGAUGUUUGCUCCAAAUCAGCAGCAGAUGCAUGUGAUGGACCACAUGAGGAAGCAGCCUUCCUCUGGCGAGAACCGGAACAUGAUGAUGGAGGCGGCUCGCUUCAGUCAUGGUCAAGGACAGAUGCAAAUGCAAGACCUGGCCAAGUUGGACGCUAACAGCUUUGAUGCUGUCAUCUUUCCUGGAGGACACGGCGUCACCAAGAACCUAUCCUCUUUUGUUAAGGAUGGCAAAGACUGCAAGCUGCACAGUGAUGUGGAAAGGGUGCUUAAAGACUUCCACCGUUCACGCAAGCCUAUUGGAUUGGCCAGCAUGGCUCCUGUGUUGGCCUGCCGUGUGCUGCCCAACAUCGAGGUGACCAUGGGCUACGAGCGGGACGAGAACACUCGCUGGGGCAACUGGCCUCACACGAACAUGGUGCAGGCCGUGAAGAGCAUGGGCGCCCGCCACAAUGGCCGCGAGCCAUAUGAAGCCUAUGUGGACGAGAAGAACAAGGUGGUCAGCACUCCUACCUUCAUGUGGGAAACCGAGUAUCACUAUCACUAUAUUUUCGAUGGCAUUGGAAAUAUGGUCAAACAUGUCAUGCGUAUGUCAUCCAAGUAAUGUGACAAGUCUGGAAAAAGAAAUAGAGGAAGUUGGUGUUUUAUGUGCAGCAUAUACUGUACACCUCUCUGUACUGCGAUGAAUUCUUACCUGAAAAAAUAUAAAUGCUUUAGUUAAAGAGCAAACA